GCCCCCUAGGGGCUCCCGCUCCGGCUGAGGAGGAAGGUGCUGGUCCUUCCUGCCACACCGGCCCGUUACCCGCCAGCCGGUUCCCUGCCCGGCGCCCGCCCCGCCACCCUCCGGAGGAGCCUGACGCCGCCGCCUCUCCGUGCUCCGCAGCCACAUCUCCGCCUGGACGGAGGACCCGCCGCCCCUCGCUCUCGCCGCCUCCCGUGUCCCGCCUGCGCCCCGGCGCCAUGAGCGCGCGCCUGCCGCUCUUCCUGCGCGGGCUCCGCCGUCUGCAGCCGCCCCCGGGCUCGCCGCUCCGCCUCCGAGCGCCCUGUCGCGCCAGCAGCAGCGGCGGCGGCGGCGGCUGUGGCGGUGGGGAGGGCCUGCUCGAGCAGCGGCGGCUGCGGGACUCCCAAGUCGGGAGCAGCCGCGGCCAGGGCAGCCAGGCGCCCCCCGCGCGGGACUCGAUCGUCAGAGAAGUCAUUCAGAAUUCAAAAGAGGUUCUGAAUUUAUUGCAAGAAAAAAACCCUACCUUUAAGCCGGUGCUUGCUAUUAUUCAGGCAGGUGACGAUAACUUGAUGCAGGAAAUAAACCAGAAUUUGGCAGAGGAGGCUGGUCUGAACAUCACUCACAUUUGCCUUCCUCCGGAUAGCAGUGAAGCCGAGAUUAUAGAUGAAAUCUUGAAGAUUAACGAAGACACCAAAGUGCACGGCCUUGCCCUUCAGAUCUCCGAGAACUCGUUUAGCAACAAAGUCCUCAAUGCCUUGAAACCAGAAAAAGAUGUGGAUGGAGUAACAGACAUAAACCUGGGGAGGCUGGUCCGUGGAGAUGCCCAUGAAUGUUACAUCUCACCUGUGGCCAGAGCUGUGAUUGCACUUCUUGAAAAGUCAGGUGUCAACUUAGAUGGAAAGAAGAUCUUGGUAAUAGGAGCCCAUGGGUCUUUGGAAGCUGCCUUGCAAUGCCUAUUCCAGAGGAGAGGGUCCAUGACAAUGAGCUCCCAGUGGGAAACACCUCAGCUUCAAAGCAAGCUUCAUGAGGCUGAUAUUGUGGUCUUGGGCUCUCCCAAGCCAGAAGAGAUUCCCCUUUCUUGGAUACAACCAGGAACUACAGUUCUCAACUGUUCCCAUGACUUCCUGUCAGGGAAGCUUGGAGGUGGUUCUCUUGGGGUACAUCUUAAUGGUCUCAUUGCAGAGAAUGAUGUGAGUCUCCUUGCUGCAGCUCUGCGGAUUCAGAACAUGGUCAGCAGUGGAAGGAGAUGGCUACGUGAACAGCAGCAUGCAAGGUGGAGACUUCACUGCUUGAAACUCCAGCCUCUCUCCCCCGUGCCAAGUGAUCUUGAGAUUUCAAGAGCACAGACUCCAAAAGCUGUGGAUGUCCUUGCCAAGGAGAUAGGAUUGCUUGCAGAUGAAAUUGAAAUCUAUGGCAAAAGCAAAGCCAAAGUACGUUUGUCCCUGUUGGAAAGGUUAAAGGAUCAAGCAGAUGGAAAAUACGUUUUAGUAGCUGGGAUCACACCCACCCCUCUCGGGGAAGGGAAAAGCACAGUGACAGUUGGGCUCGUACAAGCAAUGACCGCACACCUGAACAUCAACUCCUUUGCCUGUCUCAGGCAGCCUUCUCAAGGACCAACUUUUGGAGUUAAAGGAGGCGCUGCAGGUGGCGGAUAUGCCCAGGUCAUCCCCAUGGAGGAGUUCAACCUUCACUUGACCGGGGACAUCCACGCCAUCACCGCUGCCAAUAACCUGCUGGCCGCCGCUAUUGACACAAGGAUUUUACAUGAAAACACUCAAACCGAUAAGGCGCUGUAUAAUCGACUUGUUCCUUCAGUGAAUGGUGUCCGAGAGUUUUCAAGCAUUCAGCUUGCUCGACUGAAAAAACUGGGAAUAAAUAAGACAGAUCCAAAUGCACUGACGGAAGAGGAAAUGGGUAAAUUCGCCCGUCUCGACAUCGACCCCUCCACCAUCACAUGGCAGAGAGUAUUGGAUACAAAUGACCGAUUUCUACGAAAAAUAACGAUUGGGCAGGCACCCACAGAGAAAGGGUAUUCCCGGCAGGCACAGUUUGACAUCGCAGUGGCCAGCGAGAUCAUGGCAGUGCUGGCCUUGACUGACAGCCUGGCGGACAUGAAGGAGCGGCUGGGAAGAAUGGUGGUGGCCAGUGACAAAAAUGGGCAGCCCGUGACAGCAGAAGAUUUGGGGGUCACAGGUGCCUUGACAGUUUUGAUGAAAGAUGCAAUAAAACCAAAUCUGAUGCAGACCCUAGAAGGGACACCUGUCUUUGUGCAUGCUGGCCCCUUUGCUAACAUCGCCCAUGGCAACUCUUCAGUGUUGGCUGAUAAAAUCGCCCUGAAACUGGUUGGUCAAGAAGGAUUUGUAGUAACUGAAGCUGGUUUUGGUGCUGAUAUUGGAAUGGAGAAAUUUUUCAACAUCAAGUGCCGAGCAUCUGGCUUGGUGCCCAACGCGGUGGUGCUGGUGGCAACGGUGCGCGCUCUGAAGAUGCACGGAGGCGGGCCAAGCGUAACUGCUGGUGUCCCGCUAAAGAAAGAAUAUACAGAGGAGAACAUCCAGCUGGUGGCAGACGGCUGCUGUAACCUUCAGAAGCAGAUUCAGAUUGCUCAGCUCUUUGGGGUUCCCGUUAUUGUGGCUCUGAAUGUCUUCAAGACCGACACCCGCGCUGAGAUUGACUUAGUUUGUGAGCUUGCGAAGCGGGCUGGCGCCUUUGAUGCGGUCCCCUGCUAUCACUGGUCCGUUGGUGGGAAAGGGUCGGUGCAGCUGGCUCGGGCUGUGAGAGACGCUGCCAAUAAGGGAAGCCGUUUCCGGUUCCUGUAUGAUGUUCAGCUUCCAAUUGUAGAAAAGAUAAGAACCAUUGCGCAGGCUGUGUACGGAGCCAAAGAUAUCGAACUGUCUCCUGAGGCACAAUCCAAAAUAAAUCGUUACACGCAACAGGGUUUUGGAAAUUUGCCCAUCUGCAUGGCAAAGACCCACCUUUCUCUAUCUCAUGAACCUGACAAGAAAGGGGUACCCAGAGAUUUCAUUUUGCCCAUUAGUGAUGUCCGAGCCAGCAUAGGUGCUGGAUUCAUCUACCCUUUGGUUGGAACGAUGAGCACCAUGCCGGGACUGCCGACCCGGCCCUGCUUCUAUGAUAUAGAUCUUGAUACAGAAACAGAGCAAGUUAAAGGCUUGUUCUAAAUGAACCCAACUUCCACAGGACCCAAUUCAGAAAAGAUGGCGGGCUCCAGCGGCGUCCGAGACUUUGAGAGAAAACAGCAAACCUUUCAGAUCAGUAAGAAGGGUCAGAUCUCCUCCCUUCCAUUCACGCCCUAAAUGCAUUUUUCAGACCUCGCUUUCUGUGCCGACCAUAAAAGAGAAACCGAAAUCUGAGGCGGCAGGAUUCCUAAUCUGAAAUCCCGAGCGUUCUCACUCAGCAGGAUCUUAGAGACUGUAGAGCCCAAAUUUAGAAUUUUGGAAUUUCUGCCUGAUCUUCUCAGGGGUUCCGAUCGCUGCCUGUGGUGUCUACGCAGACUGGGUCACAGAGCGGUGCAGCAUCGGAUUUUCCACGGCUCUCGAGUAAAAAGAUUCCAAACAGGGACCCCGGCCUCGGCCUCGUCUUGUGAAGAGAAUCACUUAUCUGCUGUUGAAUUUUCUUUCGGUCUCCGGCUUUUUAGAGCCCUAUUAACAGUUUAACACCACAGGGUAAGCAGCUAUUCUUCAACCCCCGGAAACGUGUUUUUGUCUUCCAGGCUCGGGAAGCAGACUGCUCCUUGCCUUUCUGCUGCCGCUGGCGAAGAAAGUGAACUUGAAAUAUGCCUCUUACGCAACGGGGGAGAAAUGGGGAAAUAGGCCAAAGAUUUAUUCUUUGUUCAAGACUGAAUUCUGUGUGCAACCGAGGACAGUGUCCAGUAAAAAGGACCUCCACCGAGUUUGAGAGAAACUAAUUUAUUUUCCGUUUCUGCAGAGUUUACAUUAUUUCCCACUGCUUACACUUCAGAAAGUUUAUUUUAUGGGGAUGGAAGGAUUAAAAGAGUGUGAACUAAAAGGUAGCGGUUUCCACUCUGGAGUUUUCUGUUUUGUCUUUGACCUGCAAAUAAACACGUAUCUAGAAAACCAA